AUGGUGGCGGAAUCACCGAAUAUACUUUUUAUGAAAAUUUGGAAGUUGGAAUACUAUUCCAAAAGGUAAGUCUUCCCAAACUCCUAGGGUUCGCAGCUUGCCUGAAAUAAAAUAACGACGAGAAAAAAAUAAGAAUUUUGAUCCUCCCGUGUCUAAAGCCAGUGCAUAAAAUAAACAUUUUUCAGAAAACAAUAAUGUUUUUUUCUUACCGAAACGAUAUUGAACCAAAUUUCAAAACUAUUGUCUCUAAAACUAAUUACAGUACACUACAAAAUAAAGUGAUUUCUUUAUAAAAUCCACGUGUUGGUGAAGUCACAAAGUGCUCGGAUAAAGUUGAAAAAAAAUUAAUUUCCGUUUGUUUUUCGCAAAAAGUAAUUUUCUCAAAUUGAAAUCUGAACAUUGACGUCAGUUUUAGAAGAGACAAUAUCUGAAAAUCAUUUUUUAAAAGUAAUUUUUUAAUUUCCAUUUCUAAAGUUUUCAUCACGCAAAACACAAGGGUUCGGUAAGUUCUCUAAUCAAGUUUUACAUCUCUAGCUCUUGUUCAGAGGAUCAACAUUUAGGGAAGUCUCGGGAAAAUUAAACCCGAACACUUGGUUUGAAAUUUGGAAAACGUUACCAAGAUAUGAUUCUCAAUUCAUAAUCUUGAAAUGAUUAUUUUAAUUUAAAAGUCAGUUUCUUAUUUCUCAUAUAUCAUUUUCCUUGGCUUCAAUCUUCGAAAUCAAAUGUAACUUGAACACAACUUCAAUUUUCCAAAUAAUCAUUUGAAAACUAGCAAUGAUAAAUCCGGUAGCCAAGGAACGCCUCUCCGUAGGUUUUUUUCUGGAGAAGUCUAUUUAAUUGGAUGAUGUGAACACAACACACUAUGAUUUUUUCCUGCAUUUUUAGUGGAUUUUUGUUUCUCUUUCACUAUUUUAUUUCAGAUCGAAAGAAAAGUCAAACCUGGACAAGACAAUGAAUCUUCCACCAACGGAUAAAGAAAUAUCUCUCUACUCUUUCAUUUUUCGUGCAAGAGGUCUAAUGACAAUUCUUCAUGAAGAUCAAGAGGUAACCAAAACUUUCAAAAUGAUCUGAAUUCCAAGUUUUUCAGAGAGCCAUUCAAUCAAAUAUCUAUGUAACGGCAUCGACAACAGAAAUAACAGAUCAAAUUAUUCGAGAAAUCACCAACUGUGAUUUGUUGCGUGAAAUUUAUCAUGUCAAAAAAACUCUUCCAGAAAUCAUGCAGAUUUUUGGAGCUAUUGCAAUCAGAAGUGGAGUUGUUAAUUUGCAUGGUUCUGAUUUCCCAGGAUUAUUUGAGCGGGUUAUUGAACUUUACUCACCAAUCACUGAAAAUAUUCCAACUAGUUAUGAAGUGAGUAAAUUUUGGAAAACUAUUUCGAUAAAUUUUUUUUUCGUUUUGCAGAUGAUCAACAAAACUCUUGAAAACAUUGAAGCCAUCAUUGCAUUCAGCCAAAACCAAACUGACGCUGGAAAAUUGAUGGUUCAAAUUAGAAAAACUGUUUUCAAGUUCUACAACGAUUCAUUCAACGAGAGACAUAUUCGUUGA